GGAGCUGCGUUCCCCGGAGCCUGGGCUUCCAGGACUGUAAUAUGGAUUAUGAAAACAGGACACAUGCCGCAGAGAACAAUACUGCCGCCGCUCGGAAUCCCGGUUUUCCACUGUGGGACGACUAUAAAAGCAGUGUAGAUGACUUACAGUACUUUCUGAUUGGACUCUAUACGUUUGUAAGUCUCCUUGGUUUUAUGGGAAACCUGCUUAUUUUAAUGGCUCUCAUGAGAAAGCGUAAUCAGACGACUAUCGUAAACUUCCUCAUAGGAAACCUGGCCUUCUCUGAUAUCUUGAUUGUGCUGUUUUGCUCCCCAUUCACAUUAACAUCUAUCUUGCUGGACCGGUGGAUGUUUGGUAAAGUCAUGUGCCAUAUAAUGCCUUUCCUUCAAUGUGUUUCGGUUUUGGUUUCAACGUUAAUUUUAAUAUCGAUUGCCACUGUCAGGUAUCAUAUGAUAAGGCAUCCUCUAUCUAAUAGUUUAACAGCAAAUCAUGGCUACUUCUUGAUAGCUACUGUCUGGAUGCUAGGCUUUGCAAUCUGCUCCCCUCUUCCAGUGUUUCACAGCCUUGUAGGCCUUCAGGAAACAUUUGGCUCAGAGUCCCUAAGCACCAGGUAUUUAUGUGUUGAGUCAUGGCCAUCUGAUUCAUACCGAGUUGCUUUUACUAUCUCGUUGCUGCUGGUUCAAUAUGUUUUGCCCUUAGUUUGUCUAACUGUAAGUCAUACCAGUGUCUGUAGAAGUAUAAGCUGUGGGUUGUCUGGUAAUGAAAACAGGCUAGAAGAAAAUGAGAUGAUCAACCUAACUCUCCAUCCAUCCAAAAAGAGCCGGCCUCAAGUGAGCCACGCCGGCAGCCAUAAGCAGAGUUACUCGUUCAUCAGAAAACACAGAAGAAGAUACAGCAAGAAGACAGCAUGUGUGCUACCUGCGCCAGCGAGACCUUCUCAAGACAACCAUGUAGGAGUGCUUCCAGAAAACUUUGGCUCUGUAAGAAAUCACUCUUCUUCCUCCAGGAAGGUCAUACCAGGUGUCCCCACCUGCUUUGAGAUGAAGCCUGAAGAAAACUCAGACACUCAUGAAAUGAGAGUCGGUCGUUCUGUCACACGAUUAAAAAAAAGAUCUCGAAGUGUGUUUUAUAGACUCACCAUCCUGAUAUUAGUGUUUGCUGUGAGCUGGAUGCCACUGCACCUUUUCCACGUGGUAACUGAUUUCAACGAUAACCUCAUUUCCAACAGGCAUUUCAAGUUGGUGUAUUGUGUUUGCCAUUUGUUAGGAAUGAUGUCCUGUUGUCUUAAUCCAAUUCUAUAUGGCUUUCUUAAUAAUGGAAUCAAAGCUGAUUUGAUGUCCCUUGUACACUGUCUUCAGAUGCCAUAAUUUUCAAUGUUUAUCAAGCAAAGAGCAAAUGCCAAGAGCCCCUGAAAUGUAUUCAGAAUAACCGUGUAUGUAUAAUUAAAAGAAAUGUUGUUAACGUGUGUAAUUUAAUUUAUGCAAAAAGGAUAAUGAUUUACAUUUGAAUGUAUCAGUUCAUAUUAUAUGGGAAAUAAUUUUAACAUGUUACAACAUCAGGAAUCCAGUUAGUUGUAUAGAGCCAGGGUCAAUCCAAUUUCUAAUUUCAUUUUAAAAGGUAGUUAUAGCAUUUUAAUGUUAUCUGUACCUUGUA